AUGGAGGCUCUUGAAGUUGAUGACAUUAGCCCUGCCUUGGAAGUGACUGAAGACUUUUUCAAUAGUUUUGAUACUAAACUUGAAAAGAUUGUGCAGCCCUGUGAGGUGUAUGGUGUACAGGAGGUUCCCGAACUGGUCGGGCACGAGGUAUUUGAUCAGAUAACAGAGAGCAGGAACCUGAGGAAUGUUGCCUCCUUGGCCAAAAGCAGCCUCAUCUGGGAUCACUGCAAAAAUGGCCUCUUAGAAACCAAAACUCAGACGGCAUUCCCUGCCAAAGACCAGCGUGUGGUGCAGAGGGGAACAGCUGCUGACAACCUUGCUUGGGCUGGGGAAGGGGAGACUGCAGCUUUCAACAUCUUCGGUAUCUGCCAGCGGAGGAGAGACAGGCCUCGCUCGGUGAAUGAUAUCCUGGUGCAGAACGAGGAAGCGUCCACAUUCAAGCCAGGACACAACAGGUCACGCUCCGAUAUCAGCCAUGUGAACUGGGGAGUGGUCUUCACGGGCACCUCCCUGCAGCAGCCCCCUGCGCCUGGUCAGGACAAUAGCUGUGCUCUGCUCUCUUACCUGGCGAUAACCAAGGGACAGGACAUCCAAGGAAACACAGAACACAAGCCAGUGUUCCCAAAUAUUCUGAAGAAGGGAUACUUAGAGAUUAGAAGAGACAAUGACAGCUUCUGGCAAACCUGUUACGCUGAGCUCUCCCCGUACAAACUGUACCUGUAUUGCUUGGACAGCAGUGGCAACCAGACUCUUCCCACCGUGUAUCCACUGAUGCAUUUUCAAAGGGUCACUGUUACUGGUUGCAUUGAAACCAAGGUGGUGGAUGCUGUCCUGUCAGACAACUCGCAGCUGCAGCUGAAGGCAGAGUCCGCAUGGGAGGCUUUGGACUGGGGACGGAAACUCUGGGAAGUGGUGCGUGCUUCUGUGCCUGCUUUCACGAGACAGCAGGAGAAACUGGAGAAUGUGCCAAAGCCUGAAAAUAACAGUGACCUUUCUCAAACCAAUGGAUUGUUAGAGAAGCCUAUGGAGCUCUUCCUGUCCGUGAAUUUGACUGAAAACACUAAAGAGUACCAAAAUAUUCUCAAAUCAGGGACUCUUUAUAGGUUAACUGUCCAGAAUAACUGGAAGGCAUUUACUUUUGUCUUGAACAGGUCUUAUCUCAUGGCAUUCCAACCGGGUAGACUUGAUGAAGAUCCUCUGCUGAGUUACAAUGUGGAUGUGUGCCUGUCGGUCCAGACAGAUACUCAGGAUGGCUGUGACUCUUGCUUUCAGGUCAUUUUUCCUCAAGAUGUCCUCCGCCUUCGUGCAGAGACUCGUCAGAGGGCCCAAGAGUGGAUGGAGGCACUGAGAGCAGCAGCCAAUGCUACUAGAAGUUUAACUCAGAACCCACAGGUCACGCUUAGGAACAAACCCGGAGAUGGGCCCUUGGGAAACGAUCUUAGAAAGAGCAAGCGCCAGUCUGUGACCACCAGCUUCCUGAGCAUCCUGACCACGCUGUCUCUAGAGAGAGGGCUCACAGUUCAGAGCUUCAGGUGUGCAGGCUGUCAGCGCUCCAUAGGCUUGUCCAAUGGGAAAGCCAAGGUGUGCAGCUACAGUGGAUGGUAUUACUGCAGCACCUGCCAUGUGGAUGACAGCUUCCUCAUCCCUGCACGGCUGGUUCAUAACUGGGACACUUCCAAAUACAAGGUAUCAAAGCAAGCCAAAGAGUUCCUGGAAUAUGUUUAUGAGGAGCCAUUGAUUGACAUCCAGCAGGAAAAUCCCAUGUUGUAUAAGCAUGCUGAACCUCUGGCAACUGUUGUCCGCCUGAGACAACAGCUAAAAUCUCUCCGAGCCUAUUUGUUCAGCUGCAGAGCAGCAGUGGCUGAAGAUCUGCGCAGAAGGAUCUUUCCCAGAGAGUAUCUUCUCCAGCAAAUCCAUCUUUAUUCUCUCGCAGACCUUCAGCAGGUUAUUGAAGGAAAGCUGGCUCCGUUCUUGGGAAAAGUGAUCAAGUUUGCCACCUCUCAUGUGUACAGCUGCAGCCUUUGUAGUCAAAAGGGUUUUAUCUGUGAGAUUUGCAACAAUGGAGAAAUCCUUUACCCCUUUGAGGACAUUUCUACAAGCAGGUGUGAAAGCUGUGGUGCUGUCUUCCACUCUGAGUGCAAAGUGAAGGCUGUACCAUGCCCCAGGUGUGUGCGUAAAGAAUUGCAGAAGAAGCAGAAAUCCUUCUGGAGGCAACUGAAUAUGGACGAAAACUUCGAAGAGUCUUGCAACAUGUUUGAGUUGUCAUAUCAGAACACAUGA